AUGGGAAACCUCUGUUCUCUGUUUGCUCCGCCGAAGCCCGUGAAGAAGAGACGACCCAUCAAGAAGCGGCAACCAUCUUUAUCCGGGUCGGGUUCUGGUCCUAAUACCAACCGGUUGAACCGGUUCAGGUCGUCUUCCUCUAGGAGAGACAACAAGUUCGACGAUGCCGUGACUACGGAGCAAGCGCUUGCCGCUGCUGCCAUUUUGUCCAGACAGCAGAAAAGCGGCGGAUCGCUGCCGUUUGAACGGUCCGCGUCGCAACGUCAUCCCGUUUCUGGCUCGAAGAAGAAUCAGUUGCCUCGGAGCUCCAGCACUAGGUCAAGAUCCUCCACGGAUCCUCUGUUACAGCCUCAUCAGUUCCUUAACCAGGGUGUUAAGCUAGAUGACUUGGAAACAAACCAUUUUAUCCUCAUCCAUGGAGGAGGUUUCGGUGCUUGGUGUUGGUACAAAACCAUUGCGCUCCUGGAGGAAGAUGGUUUCAAAGUUACCGCCAUAGACUUAGCUGGUUGUGGUAUCAACUCGUUCAAUAUAAAUGGCAUCUCCAGUUUGUCACAAUACGUGAAGCCACUUACUGAUAUUCUUGAAAAGCUUCCCAUAGGAGAAAAGGUGAUCUUGGUCGGUCAUGAUUUUGGUGGAGCAUGUAUGUCUUAUGUUAUGGAACUGUUUCCUUCAAAGAUUUCAAAAGCUGUUUUCCUCGCUGCAGCGAUGUUAACUAAUGGACAAAGUACACUCGAUAUGUUCUCGCUUCAGGCAGGUCAGAAUGAUCUAAUGCGAAAAGCUCAGAUUUUUAUCUACACAAAUGGUAAUGAACACCCUCCAACGGCCAUUGACUUAGACAAGUCUCUUAUCAGAGACCUUUUGUUCAACCAAAGCCCUUCAAAGGAUAUUGCAUUGACUUCUGUAUCAAUGAAGUCAAUACCAUUCGCUCCGGUUCUUGAGAAACUCUCUCUCUCAGAUGGUAACUAUGGUUCAGUGAGACGGUACUACAUAGAGACGCUAGAAGACAACGCUAUACCAGUGACUCUCCAGGAAAACUUGAUCAGUAGUAGUCCACCUGAAAAGGUUUACCGGUUAAAAGGCGCUGACCAUGCUCCUUUCUUCUCCAAGCCACAAGCUUUGCAUAAACUUCUGCUUGAGAUCGCCAGGAUUAGACCAACUUAACGCCUCCUCUCUUGCAGGGUGUCUUCAUCAUUAUAUUCACUAACUGGUAUUUUAAAGUGGCUCACCAUAAGAUUUCUCUUCAUUUGUAUUUUGUUGUUCUUGUUUUAUUUGUGUUUCUUUUCUUGUCUGUUUAAGGUUUAUCUAUGUGACUUUUUCUUCU